UGUGAGUGCCCGGCGCGCAUGCGCCACCUGCCCCCAGCCCUCUCCCGGGAGCGGCAGGUGCUAGGCGCAGCUAGGCGUUCUGCGGGGGCGGCUCCUCCCCCGUCCUGGGUGCGUGUGGGGAGGCGGCUCGGCGGCAGGUUGUGGCUGGGGGGCUGGGCUCGGAACUGCCCGGGUUCUCCCGCUUCCCUCACAGCGCGCCCGGAGACACAGACCGUCUGGCGGCAUGAACCGGACCCACCGCAGCGCUGGGGGUAGCCGGGGCCUGUGCACCAUGGAAGUGAAGAGCAAGUUUGGAGCUGAAUUUCGACGGUUUUCUCUGGAAAGAUCCAAACCUGGAAAGUUUGAGGAAUUCUAUGGAUUAUUGCAGCAUGUGCACAAGAUCCCCAAUGUUGAAGUUUUAGUUGGGUAUAUAGACAUUCAUGGAGAUCUGCUGCCUAUCAACAAUGAUGACAAUUAUCAUAAAGCAGUUUCCACAGCCAAUCCUCUGCUCAGGAUUUUUAUUCAAAGAAAAGAAGAUGCAGACUACAGUGCCUUUGGUACAGAUACUGUGACAAGGAAGAAAAAUGUCUUAUCAAAUGUGUUGCGUCCGGAUAACCACAGAAAGAAACCACAUAUUGUCAUUAGCAUGCCGCGAGACUUCAGACCAGUGUCGUCUAUUAUUGAUGUGGACAUUCUCCCAGAAACCCAUCGCAGGGUGCGACUUUACAAAUAUGGAACUGACAAACCACUUGGAUUCUAUAUACGGGAUGGCUCUAGUGUCAGAGUAACACCACAUGGAUUGGAGAAAGUACCUGGGAUUUUCAUAUCCAGGCUUGUUCCUGGAGGCCUGGCUCAAAGCACAGGCUUACUGGCAGUUAAUGAUGAAGUACUGGAGGUAAAUGGCAUAGAAGUCUCAGGGAAGAGCCUUGAUCAAGUUACAGACAUGAUGAUUGCAAAUAGCCGUAAUCUGAUCAUUACAGUGAGACCAGCAAAUCAGAGAAAUAAUGUUGUUAGGAACAGUAGGACUUCCGGGAGCUCAGGUCAGUCUACUGAUACUAGUCUUCCAGGUUACACACCACACAGUGUGCAGAACUUACAUCCAGAAGAAGAUGACAGUGAUGAAGAUGACAUCAUUAUUGAGGAUAAUGGUGAGCCACAGCAGAUUCCAAAAGCUGUCCCUACCAGUGAGAGUCUGGAAUCAUUAACACAAAUUGAACUCCUUCAUGAGUCAACACAAAAUGGUUUCAUUCCUUUUAGUGAAGUAAACUUAUGUCAUUCAGCAGGCAAUAUUAACAUGGAGUAUGAAAUACAUGAUCCAGACAAAAAGUCCUUAGAAGAUGGGACAAUUAUAACAUUAUGAAACUGUCUCAAUGGUGUAUUUUACUUUAACUGAAGAUGCCAUACAACUUUUAAUUUUGCUUGAUGUAUAAUGCAAUUUAUACUUCUCAACCUACCAGUCUUUAAGACCUGCAAACAAAUGUAAGGAAAAACAGUUAAUGCAGGAAGCUUGAAACUAUGUGGGCUGAUUAAUGUCAGUUUUAUAAUUCUGUAAUUCCAUGUAAAUAUUUUGUAAGGAUAGAAGAUGGAUGACCCUGGCUGUGAUGGGAUGGCGGUAAAAUGAAGGAUGGUUGAGAGGUAUUGACCGCAUGUUUACUUCCAGAAGUACUUAUACUACUGGUUUUAAAGAGUACAUUUCCAUUACCAUGUGAGGUGGAUCAGAUAGUGAAGCUGCAUGUCUAAUCUGAAUUUAUGGUCAUGUGAGUUUACCCCUUAAUGACACAAUUAACAAUGAUCUUAAAAUUCUAAUGUGAAAGUCUUACUCCUCCUCCUCCUCUUGUACCUUGAGGACCAGUUCUCUUCUCUUAGUUUACAGUAUUGUAUAAGGUUAUCAUUUUAUGCUAGGCUUAGUCACUAAUUGUAGUAAAAUUACAUUUUGUAAAUGUCUAAAGAAAUGAAAUACAAAAUUAAUAGGAUGAAAAUAACAUUUUACCUGAUUCCUCCCAUUUGUCAGAAUCUUUAUCUUUUAACAUGACCAUUUUUGGAGCAUGAAAUAGGAGAGUUAUUUGAAGUUGAUGAUAAUGAACAGCUCUGUCUUAACUAUAAAAAAUUAAUAUAUAUUAUCCAGCACAACUUAUAUAUUUUUUUUUUUUUUUUAAAAAAAAGCUUUAGGCUUUGUAAAACUAACUUGAAAACUUAUGCUAUUACCACUUCAGAAUUUAUAAUGAACUAAAUUAUAAAUGCUGUGUUUUGUUUUUUUUAAUAUACCACCUUUGGUAGGGUAUCUUCUUUGAAUAUUACAAAACUGUUGUAGGCAAAAACCAAAAAUAUUGAAAACUAAAAUCCUGAUGCUGCAAACACUUAAGCAGGAGUGUAAAUUGACUCUCAUGAAUAUCUGAAUAGUUCAUUGACUUCAGUAGAACUACUCGUGUGGUUUGCUUGCAGCAUCAAGGGCUAAAAUUGUAUUUGUAUUUAAGAAAUUUAAGACAUAAAAUUGUCUUCAAAACAAAAUUAGUUCACUGCUAAUAAUGAAAAUCUAUUAACUUUUAAUACAUUAACACAAUUAACUUUUUAUACAUAAAAGCUAAAAUUUUGAAAAAUAGCCUUCUGAAGGUGGAAUUUUCAGGUGUUCCAAAGUUCCUUCAAACUGCAAGCCCUGAUAGAAUAUAGCCUGGUUAAAGUACUUCAGCCUUCCUGACUUAUGAAAAUUCAGUCUAAUGGAAAGUGGUGUUAGCCCAGGCUACAUUUGCAAUUUCCUUACCAAUUUUGUAUUUAUCUCAGUAAGGAUGCAGCUUCUUAGUAGAACAAAUUUCUGUGCAAGAUGUGAAAUUUACAGGUAAGAAACUGACCUCUUGAGGUUCUUUCCAGACUUUGUUUCUAUGAUUUCUAAAGAAAAAAGAACAAAAUAUCCACUUAACAGUUUGACUUUAAAUGGGAAUAAAAGUAAGAAUUAGCAACAGGUACUCCUGCGGAAAUUCUCCACCAAAAAAAUAAAAAUUCUGCAUAUUCUGCUUAUCAAAAUAA